AAUUUCACCUACAUGCAAAUCAUGGGCAGAGGAGCCCGGGAAUGUUUUAGUUUAAGAAAAGGAAGAAUGACCGUAAGAAGAUAAGUCUGCCAGAGGCCAGCUCAUGCCAUCGCUCACUAUUUACCAUGUAAAGAGGAUUGCGGAGGGGAGUGCUCAGUCCCUGCAAGAGCCCAGAGCCAUGUCUCAGUAAGCAGGGGACCAGGCAGCAGGAAAGGAGAGAGGCAGGAGAGCCCUGUGGCUCUAGACCACCACCUGUCUUCCUUCCAACUGUGAGCUGUGCCUUGCUGGGCCACGCUGACAGCGGUGGCCUUGGGCAGGGUUCCCAGUCCUGCUCGUGUCCUGGGGAAGGAGCCAACGCUGCCCUGCUGCCCACCCCACGCCAGCAACGGAGAGAGCAAGGUUUUUCUCAGGCAUCAGGAAUGUCUUCUGACCCCACUUCACCCACCUUGGAGCAGUCCUCCUCCUCUGUGCACUCACCCAGUUCUCUUCAUUUGCCUGAAAGUCGCAGGACAAGAGAUCGCUCCCCGUCUCCCAUGAGAGGGUACCUCAUUCCCAGUCCGCUGCCCACCCGGCGGACCAGGACAUUUUCUGCAACUGUGAGAGCAUCGGAGGGUCCCAUCUACAAAGGUGUCUGCAAAUGCUUCUGUCGCUCCAAAGGCCAUGGCUUCAUUACCCCCGCAGAUGGAGGACCCGACAUCUUCGUACACAUUUCUGAGUUGGCUCAGGAAACCUGCAUGCUGCAAGGAAUGCCAGCUUGCUGCGGCCACGAUUGUAGCACAGCGUUUCCAGAAUCUCCACCUGAGCAUCGAAGGCGAGUACGUUCCCGUGGCAGGCGACGAGGUCACCUACAAGGUGUGCACCAUUCCUCCGAAGAACGAGAAGCUUCAGGCCGUGGAGGUCGUGAUUACCCACCUAGCCCCAGGAACCAAGCACGAGACCUGGUCGGGGCAUGUCAUCAGCUCCUGAAGGCGUCCCAGAGGCAGCGCCGCUGCUGCGGACACUGCCUGUGUGGGUCACUGCUCGACAACUGGCUGCAGGGAACCUGA